AUGGCCGACGAGCAAGUACCAGUCCACUACGAGGAUCUCGCUCUCCUCGAGACCCAGUUCGACGAGGUCGACCGCGAGAUUUUGGCCAAGCAGUACGUCCUCAGCGCUCCUCUCUACGCCAAGCGUCAAGAGAUUGUGUCCAAGAUUGACAACUUCUGGCCCCUCGUCUUUGAGCAAUCUCCUCCCGACGUCGACCGCUACAUUACCCCCAACGAUGCCAACAUCUUCACCAAGCUGAAGAGCCUCGAUGUCAAGCGCUUCGAGAUCCCCAUGGGUCCCGAGAAGAUUGACGGCGAGGCUGGUGACCCGCGCAGUAUCGCCAUCCGCUUUGAGUUCGAGGACAACGAAUACUUUUCCAACACUGUUCUCGAAAAGAAGUUCUGGUACAGAAGAUCGAAUGACGGCUGGUCUGGUCUUGUCUCCGAGCCCGUCAAGAUUGAUUGGAAGGAAAAGGACCCCACCGAAGGUCUCCUCGAUGCAGCUCACGCUGUCUUUGAAGAACGCAAGAAGGCUGGCGACAUGAAGAAGAAGGGCUUUGCUGCUCACAAGAAGCUUCUCAAGCUGAUCGAGUCAAACAAUGUUGAUAACACCUCGUUUUUCGCUUGGUUCGGCUACGUCUCUGCCACUCGCUACGUUUCUGCCGAAGAGUCGGCUCAGGCCAACAAGGAAUACAAGGAGCGCCAGGACAAGAGAUCCAAGGGCGAGAGAGUCGAGAGCCCUGAGCCUGAGGAGGAAGAUAUGGCCGACAUGUCUGGCGAGGAUGAAGUCCAUCCAGAGGGCGACGAGCUCGCUCAGGUCAUUGCCGAAGACGUUUGGCCCAACGCCAUCAAGUACUUUAACAUGUCCGAGAUGGACUUUGAGGACAUGUCUGACGAAGACGACGACAAUGCACCAAUUGACUUGAGAGCACUGGUCGGCAAGGGCAAGCCCAAGACCAAGCCCAGCAACGACGCCGAUGAGCCUCCCAAGAAGAAGCAAAAGAAAUAA